UAACCGGAAGUGCUAACCUCGCGCUGUAGUCUCGCUCUUAACUAGACGCUCGUCGCGGGGAUUGGUGCUGAUACGGUGACUGUGCUGUGAGGAGCAGGUCGCAGACACGGACGCGCUGCACAGUUAACCGCCCACGGAGUACAUAAAGCCGUGUCUCCACGGCCGAAAGCUGAGCGUUGUUAGCCGUGGAGGACUGCGGCGGGACCUCUGACAUUUCACCGGCCGCUGGGCUUCAUUGAGUCUCCGGUCUAAACACGGCACAAAUGCUGGGAGUCCCGUGUUGACUGUGUGGAAGGAGAGGAUAAAGAAGCGGGGAGCAAAGGUGGAAGAAAACGAUUAAAGGAGACUGGACGCACCGGUCAUCAGCUGGGCAGAUGGGUGAGAAAGAGGAUGAGCGUACGGCUCAGGCCAGCCAGCUAUUUGAGAACUUUGUCCAGGCAUCUACCUGUAAAGGGACUCUGCAGGCGUUCAGCAUCCUCUGCAGGCAGUUGGAGCUGGAUCCACUGGACCACAGCAAUUUCUAUAACUCACUGAAGGCGGCAGUCAGCUCCUGGAAAGUCAAAGCCCUUUGGACCAAACUGGACAAAAGAGCUCAGCAAAAGGUCUACAACCAGAAUAAGGCCUGCCAAGGCACGAGGUGUUUGAUCAUCGGCGGCGGCCCGUGUGGCCUUCGGACGGCCAUCGAGCUGACUCUGCUGGGCUGCAAGGUGGUGGUGAUUGAAAAAAGAGACACCUUCUCCAGGAACAAUGUGCUCCACCUCUGGCCCUACACCAUUCACGACCUCAGGGGACUCGGGGCCAAGAAGUUCUACGGAAAGUUCUGUGCUGGCUCCAUCGACCACAUCAGUAUCCGCCAGCUUCAACUGAUGCUGCUAAAAGUGAGCUUGAUCCUUGGUGUCGAGAUUCACGUCAAUGUUGAGUUCAUCAAACUGCUGGAGCCACCAGAGGAGCAGACGGAUGUCAGUCAUGGUUGGCGGGCGGAGAUCCGACCCUCUGGCCAUCCUGUCUCGGACUUUGAAUUUGACGUGGUGAUUGGAGCUGACGGACGCAGAAGCACAUUAGAUGGUUUCAGGCGCAAGGAGUUUCGUGGGAAGCUGGCCAUUGCUAUAACGGCUAACUUUGUCAAUAGGAACACAACAGCAGAGGCCAAAGUAGAAGAAAUAAGUGGCGUGGCCUUCAUCUUUAACCAAAAGUUCUUUCUGGAACUCAAAGAGGAGACGGGAAUCGACUUGGAGAACAUAGUUUACUACAAAGACAACACCCACUACUUUGUCAUGACUGCAAAAAAGCAGAGCCUGCUGGACAAAGGGGUCAUCAUUAAUGAUUACAUGGAAACUGAACGACUGCUGAGUCCUGACAACGUCAAUCAGGAAGCGUUGCUCUCAUAUGCUCGUGAAGCAGCUGAUUUUGGCACCAACUACCAGCUGCCAUCCCUGGACUACGCCAUCAACCACUACGGACAGCCGGAUGUAGCCAUGUUUGACUUCACCUGCAUGUACGCCUCAGAAAACGCUGCCUUGAUCAGGGAGAAACACGGACACCAGCUGCUGGUUGCACUGGUGGGAGAUAGUUUGCUCGAGCCGUUCUGGCCGAUGGGUACGGGUUGCGCUCGGGGUUUUUUGGCUGCCUUUGACACUGCAUGGAUGGUGAAGGGCUGGGCAAAAGGAAAGAGCCCACUGGAGAUCCUGGCUGAGAGGGAGAGCAUUUACCGUCUUCUACCCCAGACCACCCCAGAGAACAUCAGUAAAAACUUUGAACAGUACUCCAUUGACCCUGCUACCCGCUACCCCAACCUAAACACCAGCUGUGUGCGCCCACAUCAGGUGCGUCACCUGUUCAUUGAUGGCCAUCAGGGACCAGGUCAGAUAGAAAGAGGAGGACCGGCACAUCGAUCAGUCAACCUGUCCAGGAAAGAGUCUGAGGUCCAUCCUGGCCGCCUGCUGAACUGGUGUCAGAGGCAGACUCAUGGGUACAAGGGAGUCGAUGUCACCAACCUCACGUCUUCCUGGAGGAAUGGCCUGGCCCUCUGUGCUCUCAUCCAUCGGCAGAAGCCUGAGCUCAUUGAUUAUGACUCUCUGAAUGAGGAGGACGUGGCGGGGAACAAUCAGCUGGCGUUUGAUGUGGCUGAGCGAGAGUUUGGCAUCCAACCGGUGACGACAGGAAAAGAAAUGGCUGCAGAUUCUCAACCCGAUAAGCUGCUGAUGGUCCUCUACCUUUCCAAAUUCUACGAGGCCUUCAGGAACUCGCCAGCAAACAAAGUUUCCAGAGAAGGAGAUGAAAAUGGUGAAGAUUAUCAAUCUAAAACCAACCACAAGGCGCUAAACCUGCCUCAGCCCAGAAAGAGAAUUCCCAGGGAUGACAAGAAACUGGAGGAAGAUUCUGAUAACAAGAAACGGCGAAAGGGCAACCACUACCUCACAGAGUUGUCCUGUCACAGUGCUCCCCCUGCUGGUGAGGAUGGGGAACAACGGGAGAACAAAGUCCGCUCCAUGGCAACUCAGCUGCUGGCCAAAUUUGAGGAGAACUCCUCAACAGUAAAGGCACGAACAAAGUGUGUGGUGCGUAAGGACUUCCCUCCCGGGUUGGGCGGCAGCGACAUCUGCCACUUCUGCUCCAAGCGGGUGUACGUGAUGGAGAGACUCAGCGCCGAGGGCUACUUCUUCCACCGAGAGUGUUUCCGCUGCGACGCCUGCAACUGCACCCUCCGCCUGGGAGGACACACAUUUGACUCACAGGAGGCAAAAUUCUACUGCAAGCUGCAUUAUGCACAGCGGCUGUACAGCAAUAACCCAGGAAGAGUUAGAAGGAGAAUGGAACCCCAAAGCCGUGUCGCACCCUCGUCCAUGGACGGCGGGAGCUACACCACCGCCACCACGGGCAACACCCAGCUGCAACCCCCAGACGAGGCCUCCAGUUCGCUCUCUGAACCGCUUGAUAAAACAGUUCCCGGCGAUGUGGAUGUGGCAGUGGAAGCUCACGAUGCUUCCUGUUUAGUAAAACCCAAAACGCAAGAUACCGCCGCAGCCAAAGGUCAAAGCCAGGACUCUUCCAAAGAUCACUGUCACCCCAAACACAAACACAACAACAGAUGGAAGCGGAAGAUUCGAGCAACCUUCCCUCUGCUUUUCAUCAAGCGCUAUCCCAAAAGCUCACAGCUGGACAAAGACGGACCUGAUACCGUCCCUGAAGCCGACUCUGACUAUGAGGAGAUCACUUCAGCAGAAAAACAACCUCACUCGGACAGCAGUUCCAAAACAUCAGUGGAUACCCUGAAUCCUCCAGAGGUAAAUGAGACGAGUGAGGAGCGCUCGGCCGUCUGCAGAACAUCUACGCCAAGGAAACGCUUGGCCCUGUCCUUUUCUGCCAAAGAGAAGCUUCUGAACUGGGACAUGGAGGUCAACCCAGAGGAAACUCCCGUUAACACAACCACCGAAAAUGCACCACAACAUAAGGACCAGGUACACGCAGAGGCAGAACUAGAUGAGCCUCGGAGAAACUCGAUCCAGAGCGGGGAGGCAUCCCCAAGCCAAACCUCAGCUUCAUCCCCCUCAGCCUUCCAGGCUAUAGCCAACGCCUUCAGGAGGACAUUUAGCGGGACCAAUCAACUCAGCAGCUCCAACACUGCAGUCAUAAUGAGACCUAAACACGACGGUCCCCGCAAACGGAGGCCCAUGUCCGAAGGAGCGUUUAGCUUUAGCUCACACUUCAGUGCCAUAGCUCCAGAGUCAUCCCGAGAGGACCAGGCCAGCAUGCGUGAAGCUCAUUGGGCAGAUCCAUGGGGGGCGGGGCAGGACCUGCCUUCCCUGUUGCAGCAGGUGUCCUUAAAGGGCCGUAAAGACUCUGGAGAGGUGUUCGCUGAUGACAUUGGCCCAUUUGCACGCAAAAGGGUCAACUUGUUCUCUUCCUUGAGGCUGAGGAAGAGGGAAUUGUCUGGGAGUGAAGGGAAAGACCAGGAGGUUCAAAAGGAAAUCACAAACAUCCUCUCCAACCUCAGAAACAAAGCAUCCAGUCAGCAGAAUUUGGAGGAGCCCUCCUCAAGUGAUGAGGAAAAUGAAAACCUGGCAUCCAGUCAGAAGCUACAUUCAGAGAAACUGAGGAGGAAGCAGGAAAAGACAGUGGCCCAACAGGCUAAACGAGAACAGCUAAAGAGGCUUCACAGAGCUCAGGUGAUCCAGAGACAGUUGGAGGAAGUCGGAGAAAAGCAGAGGGACCUGGAGGAGAGAGGAGUGGCCAUAGAAAAGAUCAUAAGAGGAGAAACAGAAUCUCCUCAGACGGACGACAGUGACGAGGCCCAGCUGUAUCAGUCCUGGUUUAAGCUCGUCCUAGAGAAGAACAGAUUGGCACGCUAUGAGUCUGAACUCAUGAUCUUCGCUCAGGAGCUGGAGCUGGAGGACACACAGAGUCGGCUGCAGCAGGAUCUACGACGCAGAAUGGCAGUAGAGGAUACAAAGAAGAGUGCCUCAGAGCUGCAGGAGGAACAGGUGAUCCUCGCAGAGAUCAUGAGAACAGUGGAGAAACGAGACAUGUUGGUCUCUAUUCUGGAGGAGCAGAGGCUCAAGGAGAGGGCUGAGGACAGGGACCUCGAGAGCCUUGUGCUCUCCAAGGGCUAUGAGUUCCACUGGGCCCGCAUGGAUGAUAGCUGGGGCCAAGAGAAGCAGGAGUGAUGGCUGAAAACCGAGGACCUCACUCUGAAGAGGAUGAUUAGAAGGAAAACAGGUUCCCACAAUAGUUUGCUUGUGGCUUUUUUUCCCCAAAGCUAUAAGUCUGGAAAAUGUGGACAGAAUCUUGAAACACUGAUGAAGGUUGUAAGACUUCAUAGUGUUAGAAAGAAUGGAAAUUGACCCUUAGAUAAUGGCUUCCUGUAUAGCCAUGAGGGUUAAUAACUUUUCUGCCAACUUUUCUCAACACUCAGAAGUGUAACUGCAAUGUCCCAUGCUGAUACUGACCUGAAACUUGAUUUAUGAUAUGCUUAACCACCUCUGAUAAUAUGAGCCACUGCCUUGAAUGCCUGCACUCAUCAUAAACCAAACUGCCUUAUGUGUGGCUGCUAGCCAUAAGAGUGGACUUGUUGCGACAGAUUGGUUAUUACUGUAACACUGUAUCUUCACUGGAUAGCACAUGGAAGGAGUCAAAAGUUUUUCUGGAGACUCUUGCACAGCAUGAAUUGUUAUAAAACCAGAAAAAUGCUUUAAGUAUUUCACUAUGAGUCACUUUAUGUGCUGCCUCGUUUGUGACUGUAAACUCUUGUGCAUAUUUAAAAUUUUUUCACUUUUCGUUGGAUCACUGUCAAAUCAAAUAUAUUUGUAUGUAUGCUCAGGCACUAAUUGACACCAGAGAAAUGGAAUCCUCUGCCAUGGAGCUGCUGCACAGACUGAAACCACAGAUGAUCUAGGGGAGCCAUUCCACUUCCUAUUUGUCCCAUUGUACAGUUGGCUGGAGUUCAGCUGAAGAAGCAGCAAACAGCAGUAGCAAGACAGUCCACAGUGAAUGGUAAAAGCAUAGACUGUAUAUAAAAAUGGAUGGGCCCCUUACUCCUCAUGUUGAAGUCUCAAAAUCAGCAUUUUGGUACCACUAUGUAAAUUUUUGGAACCAAAAAUGAUCGUGAACAUGUUUGGAGUGGGAAUUUAUUAGCCUAAUAUUGUCAGACUUGAAGCUAAUUAGUGCUAAGUAACAGACAAAUACAGUGGUUGAAUUUCACUCACCAAAACUGAAGCACCGACUUCUUGGACAGACUAUACCACCCUGCAAGCCAGGCACCGACAGCACAAACACUGUGGAGGUCCAGUUCCGAGACCUAAACUAAAGGAGGUAAAGCCCAGCAAACACAGAUGGGCGGCAGCUUCCUGUGUUGGGACACCUGGCAAUGCAAACAGCUGCAACCCUAUCUCUAGUAUUAAAUUAAAGAAACUUCUAUGAAGACCAAAACAGGAGGCUGUAAACAUAUAUUUUUGUUUUUUUAUUGCUGUAAAAAUGUACAUUUUAACAUGGGAUUCACUUGUUGUGUGUUGAAGAAGACUACUGGUAUCAGGAAACUGCUGCUAGAAACUGGCUGCUGUUGCUCGCUUCAUCUGUGAAAUUCAAAUGUCAGUGCUGUAAUGUUGCUUAUUGUCCCCAAGUGUUACAUAGAGGUAAUUUAUUACAAUUUGAAAUCGAGACUAUUCUAAAAACUUACACACUUCUUGAUCCCCUUUAUCACAAGCAUAAAGAAAAUGUCAAGAGGAAAAAUCUUCACUCCACAAAAAGUACAUUUUUGGUCUAAAGUUUCACUCAUUCUGGACCAUCUUUGAACCACCGUGUAGAAAACUGGAAGUCCAGACAGUGGGAGUUCUCAUGUACUUUGAAGUUCUUUGUUGAAACUUGCAGAUAUCUCCGGCCUUCCUCCGGUAAGGCAUACCACUAGCUGUGACAUCCUGAAAGCAGCGUGCCCAAAGUGGAUUCAUCAUUUUGUUUUAGUUUAACUGUGAAUCUGUCUGCAAUUCACUGUAAAGGGCUGUGAGUCAAAAUGCCAUCAAAAUGUCGUCUCAUGAAAAGAUGAAUAUGUGUUUACAUGAGUUUUAAUGCUGAUGCAAACUGCCAUACUAUUCUCUCGGUCCUCUGGCUUUAAAUGUUAUUUUGUUUAUAAUACAAAUGAAUGCAAAUUAAAUAUCUGAAUAAGUUUGGUUUUCUUUAUCAAAAAAAACUUUCAUGUUUUAUUUUUAUGCUGCUUUG